AUGAUUGACGCGAUUCCGUUAGCCCGUCUACGACGGUUGCAGACCCUGGCUAAUUGUCAAAUUACGGAGAUUAGAACAAUUAAUGGACAGACACCGUAUAGAGGAGAGACGAAUCACAAGUUAUCGUAUGAAACGUGCAAUGGGGAUGGAGAAGAUAUGGGUCAGACAUACAAUAUUAAAAUUUUAAAAGCAUUUCAAAGUACUGCUCAUUCACCAGUCUGCUGGCCGGUGGCUCUAACUUUUAUUGUCUACGUUACAGUAAACCUCGUUGGUUAUUAUCCCGGUUGGAGGUUGAGGCUGAGGCUGAGGAUGAAGCAGAUGCUAGUUGAAGCAACAAAAAAUGAUAUUUUAACUGUAGGACUUCAGGUUCUCGUCUACGACACUGAUUCCAAUCUGCAUGGUUUGCCUUCCAAAAUUGAAACAAGCCUGAUAGCUAAUGAUAUUAAAGAACUGUAUCGUACUAAAAAAGGCUCCGACAUUGUGAUAAAAUUCGAAGAAAGAGAAUUUAAAGCACAUAAAGUUUUGCUGCAUGCUAGAAGUUCUGUAUUUUCAGCAAUGCUUACCCAGGACAACAUAUCUAGCCAAAUAAGUGAAAUUUCAAUCCCACGUGUUAAAGCUGAUAUUUUUUCUAAAUUACUGGAGUUUAUUUAUACAGACCAGGUGAUCCACCUGGAUGAAUUUGCUCAGAAUUUGCUUGAAGUUGCCGAGAGAUAUCAAGUAAAAGCACUCAAGCAUAUUUGUGAAGUAUCACUUAGCCAAUUUUUGUCUGCCGAGAAUGCUUUGAGGACCUUGACCGUGGCUAAGUUAGGCAAUUCUCAAAAAUUGGCUGAUUAUGUCAUCAAAUUCAUUAAUAUCAAUCCUGCUGAGGUGUUCCAGUCAAAUGAGUACAAGCAAUGGGAGAAAGAAAAAUUGAAUCCAGGCUUGAUUAUAUUUCAAAAUUCAACGGAUUUUUAUCAACGGAAAAAUGCGCAAAAACGUCCAUAA